GUUGAGCGUAGUCAUCAGACAGAUGUUCAUGAUACGUGAAGUAGACACAUCGUGAGUUGAAACCAUGAAGCGAUUAAUAUUAAUAACAUUAGUAGCAAUCAGUGCCGUAGCGGCUAUGGAAUAUAAUGGCGAAGCAUUUUAUGAUUAUUAUCAGUACCGCGAAGAUAGAGCAGAAAAAAUAUCAGAAGACACUGAAAUAUUAGAAGAUAACUACGAAAGUGAAAAACCUAAAUACGAUUUGAAAGAAGCACCACAACUUUUCGAGAAAUUCGUGAAAGAUUACAAUAAAGCAUAUAAAGAUGAAAACGAUAGAAAUAGGCAUUUUGAAAAUUUCCGGACUAAUUUAAGAGAUAUCAUUCAGACUAAUGCAGAAAGUAAAGGAUUCGUAAGCGAUAUUAACAUGUUCACUGAUUUAGACAAAAAAGAAAUGGAAUCUUUUUAUGGCGGGAGUGAAGGCGGGAACUAAAUUGUACAUCAGUUAUAGAACGACAAAGUAAAGGUUGGUGACCGGUAAGCGGAAUCUUUUUACGGAUUAUUCGAAAAUAAUAAUACUUUUAAACAUA